AUGGCUGGACUCGGUGUUCCCGUCAAAUUGCUACAUGAAUCUUUGGGACAUAUCAUAACCGUUGAGGUAAAAACUGGCCAGCUGUAUCGUGGAAAACUUGCAGAAGCUGAAGAUAAUAUGAAUAUCUUUAUGAGAGACGCUACGGUGACAGGUCGCGAUGGUCGUGUUUCGCAGCUGGAUCAAGUGUACAUUCGAGGCAGCAUGAUUCGUUUCUUCAUCGUCCCGGAUAUGUUGAAGAAUGCUCCAAUGUUCAGGAGAUCAGGACCGAAUGGACUAAAGGGAAAGGGUAUCGGUACUGCGCGUGGGCGUGCAACCAUUAUGCGAGCCAACGCUCGUCGUGGUCGCGGCGUCGCACCAACAGCUUCCCGGGGAAUCCGAAGAUGA